CAUCCCCCCCGCUGCCGGGUGGCGGUGGUUGCGGUGGGGCGGGCCGUGCCGGCGCUGAGGAUGGACGCGGUUCUUCUCGCCGUUGUGGCCGUGUUUCUUGCCGUCCUUCUUUUCUUCGCCACCCGUUUCCACCGCUCGGUUCCGGCAGCUGAGGAGGAGCACCAGCAAGAUGUGGCUGCAGCGGUCAGACCUCGGCCCUAUGUUGAAGAGCGGGGUGACGGGAUGCCAAGACGCCGGAGGAACCUGGGAAACAGGAUGAUGGCCCAGAGGAGAGCACAGCAGGCAGAGGAAUGGGUGGAAGAGGAAGAUGAUGCUGAGGAGGUGCCAGAACUUCAGGUGACGGGGAAAAUUGGAGCAAAAAAGCAGAGGAAGUUAGAAGAGAAGCAAGCCAGAAAAGCUCAGAGAGAGGCUGAGGAAGCAGAGCGAGAGGAACGGAGAAAGCUGGAGUCAAAGAGAGAAGAGGAAAGGCGGAAAGAAGAGGAGAGAAUCCGCCUUGAAGAAGAACGGCAGGAAGAGGAGAAAAGGAAGGCGAAGGAAGAAGAGGAGAAGAGAGAAUAUGAAGAGUACCUGAAGCUGAAGGAGAGUUUUGUAGUUGAAGAAGAAGGGGUUGAAGAAUCAAUGACAGAGGAAGAGACUCGCAGCUUUCUGAAGGAAUUUAUCGAAUACAUUAAGAAAACCAAAGUAAUUCAGCUGGAGGACUUAGCUUCACAUAUGGGCUUAAGAACUCAGGAUGCAAUUAACAGAAUCCAGGACCUGAUGGCAGAUGGCACUCUAACAGGUGUAAUUGAUGACAGAGGAAAGUUCAUCUAUAUCACACCAGAGGAGAUGGCUGCUGUGGCUCAGUUUAUCAAACAGAGAGGACGAGUCUCCAUCGCAGAGCUGGUCCAAGCAAGCAAUUCCCUGAUCAACCUCCAGCCAGACAGCAAAGCUGUUGCUCCAACUGUGGCAUGAAACUGUGGCGUGAGAAAGUGGCAGGAGUUUAACUUUUUAAUGAAUAAACCACAUAACGAAAAGCAAACAAGAACCCUUCCAGUCUCUGUGCAGCGUUUGGAGAUAGGAUGCUUUGUUUAAGCAUUAACUGCAAGAAUUGAUCGGAAGUUUCGCUUUUGGCUCUUUUAGGGCUGAUAAAAAAAUUGGUACAAGAUAAGCUAGUCAAGAACAUGGGGCUUAAGCACUCUGAUGCAUGGGAUAUCAGUAAUUGGCACCCGGUUACUUUAUCUAGGCAGGCAGUCUCAUGACUGUACCCAGAAUAUUUGGUUCAGACCCCAUUCUGAUUUUGCCAGGCUGUCUAACGUUGUAAUACAGCCUGGAACAGUAGGUCUUAGGGAAUGAGGCUUUUGGGUUUUGUCUUUUGCCAAGGCAUACAAACACCUCCAGGGAAAGGCUAACAAGCUUCAUGUAUUGUGCAGGGCAAUUCUACUGAUAGCAACCAGGUUCUGAUGAUUCAUCCUGUGAAAUAAAGAGUUGGCUCAGUGUGUCUGGGGACCCCACACACCCCCGCUUCAUGGCCUUUGUUUUUUGAGGUGUUAAAAAAAGCCUUGGCAGUAUGAAUCACACAAUUAAACUUGCAAGUAAAUGAUUGCUAAUAUCUUAAUUCUAGGAGCUCAGUGUGUUUCCUGCAUAAGAAUAUUUAUUUUUUAAUAACCUAAUUGAUGCUUGUUAAUUCUCUUUUCUGAAUUCAACUGAAUCUGUGUAUCCACACAGUAAUUGGGGAGGACAAGGGAGUUGGUUUUGUCUGUGCCAAAGUUAGAGGUAAACUGAGUAGGCUAAAAGCUGUGUUGUCAGUGAGAUGAGAUAGCAAUAAAACAAUGGAAGGAAGCAUAUUUCCUGUCUAAUCUCUGCACUGCUGCUCAGUGUGAUACUAUGCAAGAGUGCUGGGUUACAGCACGACACCACAGCCUUGAUAUGAAAGAUCAGCAAGUCAUUACUGGGUUGCACCAGUAGGCUCAAAGAGGUUACUUGAUAGGAGGCUUCUGAAGUCUCUUAAUUACUCAAAAUUUGGUUCUGCCAUGAUGUUUUUUAUUCUGUUUUAAGCUAUUCUUGCAGUGAAAUAAAUUCUGUUGAAAGAAUUGGA